AGGCAAGCAGCAACGUGAAGGUUGGGUGGUGGAGUCUGAUUGAAGCUGCUCAGAGGAGAAACUACAGCAGAAAGAAGUCGGUCUGUCGGGCUUACGAGCACAAUUUUGACAGCACAUUCCCUUUAAAAUGGCGUAUCACAGUCCGUACAAAGCUCCGCCGCACAUCAACGCCCCCCCGGACCAGAGCUUUCUGUGGAAUAUCUUUCAGAGGGUCGACAAGGACCGGAGUGGAGUGAUAUCAGACUCAGAGCUUCAGCAGGCCUUAUCGAACGGCACAUGGACUCCUUUCAACCCAGUGACCGUACGCUCUAUCAUAUCCAUGUUUGACAGGGAAAACAAAGGCGGGGUUAACUUCAACGAGUUCGCUGGAGUGUGGAAGUACAUCACAGACUGGCAGAACAUCUUCAGAACCUACGACAGGGACAACUCCGGCUUCAUCGACAAGAACGAGCUCAGACAGGCGCUGACUGGUUUCGGUGAGCAGCAAAGCUACCGUCUAUCCGAUCAGUUCUACGGCACACUGAUAGAGAAGUUUGAUCGUCAGAGGAAGGGACAGGUUGCCUUUGAUGACUUCAUCCAGUGCUGUAUUGUACUACAGAGGUUGACUGAUGUGUUUAGGCGGUACGACACGGACCAAGAUGGUUGGAUCCAGGUUUCAUAUGAACAAUAUCUAUCCAUGGUCUUCAAUAUAGUAUAACGCACACAAAUCACAACAGAAGAGCACAACUGGACACAACUGUGCCAAAGCUACAGGCACCUCCUGGAUGUCUGCCAUUGGUGGACACUACAAGAUUUUUUUUAACUGCAAUGUGUAGCCCCAGUUUGUCACAAAUUUAUAAAAAUAACAAGAAAACUUCAAAGAAGAGUUUAUGAGGUUGAAUACUGUCCAGAUGAUUUGUCAGAGGUACAACAACAGUGCUUGCUGUAAUGAAAAGAAAAAAAAGAAAAGAAAAUCUUGUAGUGUUUUUUUUUUUUUUCUUGAAUGACCAAACUGAGCUACGUCUGUGUGUGGGGUUGGGGGAUUUUAUGGACACAUCAUGUCUUCUUGUCUGUCAGUCAGUCUGUCUAUUAUUGUCAGCAAACUUUUUAAUGUCUUAAAUUUAACUGAUACAAUUAAAAAAGAAGAUCUCUAUUGAGAGUAAAAAUGAUGCAUUAAAGUUAUUAUUUAAGAUGCAAUGCAUGCUUUUCAGGGAAACUUAGUCCCACGUUGAAGCAUGCUUUCCCUUUCUCUUGUCUUUUCCUCAGCCCUAUUUUGCUCAAAGCCAUGUUUACAAAACAGUGAAAGCAGUUCUGCUCUGAGAUUCACUGACAUGCCAGCUUACAUGCCAUAUUUGUACAAACUUAUUUUUAAAAACAAAAUCUUCAAAUGUUAGAACAUAUCAUUUUUGGUAGACAUUAAGCAUAACGCCUUUAGUAUGGCUUAUUUUUGUGCAUGAUGCCUUAAAAUGUGUAAAAACAACACAAACAAAGAAAAAUCUUUUAUUAAAAAAACUGUAAAUCUGA